AUGAGUGGAACUAAGAUCGAAACAUGCCCUAUGGGGUACCACCAAAUUCAAAAUAUCCACAAUGGCAAAGUACCGAGCGGCACCGUCAAAGCUGGUGGGCAAGACAAGAAGGCUACUGGUGAAUACAUCAAAUGGGAUGCGCCAGGUGUUGAGAACAUUCCAGACGAUGAGCAAGAGAAGAUCAAGGAGGUUUCUGCUCAGUUCAAUCGUUUCCAGAUGAUGAACUUCAAUGAGCAUAUGCAUUGUUUGAGGGGCACGCAUUUGAAGACUCAGGGUUGCGUUAUGGGCAAAUUCACGGUGCACGACAAUCUACCUAAACAUCUCGCCCAAGGAAUGUUCGCAAAGCCCGGUACCUACGAUGUAAUCAUGCGGUACUCGUCUCUAACGCCCAAGAUCUUGCCCGACAACCUGGCAGCGCCACGCGGCAUUGGCAUGAAGGUCUUUGGUAUCGAGGGCGAGAAGUUAUGGGGAGAAGACAAGAAGACGCAAGACUGGACCUUCAACAACUACCCGGUAUUGGAGCUGCGUGAUCCCCAAACCACAUACGAUAUUGCAGACGCACUGGAGCGAAACUGGAACGACUUGCCUACCUUUGCAGACGAGCAGAGCAAACGCGUUGAUGCCGACGUAGCAACACUCGGCGGACAACUGCCGAAACAACACAUGGUUGCUAUGCCCGAGUACUCACAAUCAGCCUACCGCCACGGAGCCUACAUAGCCAAAUACGGUGUCUUCCCCAAUAGCAAGUUCCAAAAGGACCUUGAGAACACCGAAGUCAAAGACUCAGACCCCAUCAAUAUCCUCUCGCAGACCCUUCGCACACACCACCUCAACAACACUAUAACCUACAGCUUCUGCGCGCAACUCUUGCAGGACCUCACCGAACAGCCCGUCGACGACAUUGGCAUCGAAUGGGACCCCAAGAAAUAUCCAUUUGAACAAAUCGCUACCAUUGAGUUCCCGCCGCAGGACUCGUGGCUACCUGAGUUUAGGACGUGGUGGGAUGAUCGCAUCACGGUGAACAGCUGGCAUGGAUUGAAGGAGCACCAACCGCUUGGAAGCACCAACCGAAUGCGCAGGGUAGUUUACGCCGAGAGUAGGAAGUUGAGGCUGAAGGUUAAUGGGUAUAAGGAAGAAGACUAUGUGGAGCCCGCGGGGCUUGGUGAUAUUCCUGGAAAGGGUGUGGAGGCGCCGCAGUUGGACUUGAAGUAUCAGAGUGCUAUUACUACUGCCGAGGUUGCAUGA